AUUGGCAACGUUGUAAACCACAGAUUGCAGUCUGGGCAGCCGUCAAAAGUGUUGUAAUAUUUCUGGUAUUUAUACAUAACUGAUCUGUGCGGAGAAAAUGUAGUGUUUUUAUAUUCGAAUUGUGGCUCAGAGUGGAUUUAUUUAUUUCAUGUACUUAAGAGAGUAAAAUUACAUAACCCUACUGUUAAAUAAACGUUAAGAUGUCGUACACAGGAGUGCUGCCCUUCGUCAGGGGCGUAGAUUUCACCAGGAACGAUUUCAGCGAGGAGAAAUUCCCAGAGGCUGUCAGCCUUAUGACUGGUGUGCAAUGGCUAAAAUUGGACCGCACCAAUCUAAAUGAGAUACCCAAGGAGAUGGGCAACCUGCUUAAACUGGAGCACCUGUCUCUGACUAGAAAUAAUCUGGAGAAGCUUCAUGGUGAACUGACUGAAUUGAACUGCCUUAGAACAUUGAACUUAAGACACAACAAAGUGAAGACCUCAGGAAUACCUGUUGAAUUAUUCAAUUUGGAUGAACUAACUACCUUAGAUUUAAGCCAUAAUAAUUUGAAAGAAGUGCCAGAGGGAUUGGAAAGGGCACGCACUUUAUUAGUCCUCAAUUUAAGUCACAACCAUAUUGAGAGUGUGCCAAAUGCUCUGUUCAUCCAUUUAACGGAUUUACUGUUUUUGGAUCUCAGCAACAACAACCUUUCAUCAUUGCCUCCACAAACAAGAAGAUUGGCUAAUUUGCAAACACUUGUGCUCAACAACAAUCCACUUGGGUUAUUUCAAUUCAGGCAAUUGCCUUCACUUGUUAAUUUGGAGGUGUUGCAUAUGAGGAAUACCCAGAGGAGUUUGCAGGCUUUCCCAGGAAAUCUGGAAAGCUUGGUGCUUCUCUCAGAUGUAGAUUUAGCACAAAAUAAGUUGCAAAAAGUUCCAGAUUCAUUAUAUUCACUAUCAAAUUUAAAGAGGUUGAAUUUGAGCGAUAAUGAAAUAACUGAAUUGUCUACAGCCAUGGAGCUUUGGCAGAAAUUAGACACUCUGAAUCUAUCGCAUAAUAAGCUGAGCAGUUUACCAGCGUCGUUGUGCAAGAUUUCGACUUUGAGGAGGUUGUACUUAAAUGAUAAUCAACUGGAUUUCGAGGGUAUUCCAUCGGGAAUUGGGAAAUUGGGUCGCCUCGAGAUCUUCUCUGCUGCCAACAACAGGCUUGAAAUGAUACCCGAAGGAUUGUGCAGAUGUGGAUCAUUGAGGAAAUUGAAUUUAAGCUCGAAUCGUCUGAUAACGUUGCCGGAUGCCAUACAUUUGCUGAAUGAUUUGGACGCUUUGGAUCUGCAUAAUAACCCAGAUCUUGUUAUGCCACCAAAGCCCAAGGAGAUGAGUCGCGGUGCUGGUUUAGAGUUUUAUAACAUUGAUUUUUCCUUGCAAAAUCAGCUGCGAUUGGCUGGUGCUAUGGUGCCACCACCACCUACCUCACAAAAUACAUGCAAAGAUCCGAUUGCUAGGAAGAUGAGGUUGAGGAGAGGUAGACGCGACCACGAGGAGGCAGAUCAGGAUCAGGCCAAGAUACUUAAAGGCAUGAAGGAUGUGGCAAAAGACAAGAAUAGUAACAAAGCAGAAGGAGACUUGAAGACUGAAUCUGUAAAGCCGAAGCGGUGGGAUGAGACGUUGGAAAAGCCUCCACUAGAUUAUUCGGAAUUCUUCGAGGAAGACGCAGGUCGUGUUCCUGGCAUUACCAUUUGGGAAAUGGAGAAUUUCUUGCCGAAUCAAAUGGAUGAAGUGGCGCAUGGAAAAUUCUACGAAGGCGAUUGUUACAUUAUCCUGAAAACCGUCGAAGACGAGGGUUGCUUGCAUUGGGAGAUUUACUUUUGGAUUGGUGGAAAAGCUUCUCUUGAUAAAAAAGCUUCAGCCGCGAUUCACGCAGUCAAUUUGAGAAAUUACCUGGGGGCUGAGUGUCGUACGAUUAGAGAAGAACAGGGAGAAGAAUCUGAGGAGUUCCUUACGUUAUUUGAGGGUAGAAUUAACUAUAUUGAAGGAGGCAGGACGUGCAGCGGGUUUUAUACCGUAGAAGAUAUGACCUACGAAAUAAGACUAUAUAGAGUGCACGCUGCUGGUGCUUCGAUUCAUUUGGAACCGGUCUCAGUGUCUUCUGACUCUCUGGAUCCCCGAUACGUCUUCGUAUUGGACACCGGACUAAAAAUAUUUAUAUGGUACGGAAAGAAAGCCAAGAACACGCUGAAAUCGAAGGCUCGUUUGAUGGCUGAGAAAAUAAAUAAGAAUGAGAGGAAGAACAAAGCUGAAGUGAUGACAGAAACGUUGGGUAGCGAAAGCAAAGAUUUCUGGUAUACCAUUGGAGAUCCUGAUGGUAAUCCACCUAAAGAUCCUAUUCAGGAACACGUCGAUCCUGAUUUUGUACCCGUCGCUCCGAGGUUGUACCAAGUGCAAUUGGGGAUGGGAUAUCUGGAACUACCUCAGGUUGAGGUACCGCACGGUAAAUUAGUGCACACGUUGUUGAACAGCAAGAACGUUUACAUUUUGGAUUGUUACCUGGAUUUGUUUGUUUGGGUUGGAAAAAAAUCAACGCGAUUAGUAAAAGCUGCGGCCGUGAAAUUAUCCGAAGAGCUCUUCAAUAUGAUUGAUCGCCCGGAAUAUGCGUUGGUUACCAGGGUGCGCGAAGGCACCGAGUCUCAAGUGUUUAAAUACAAGUUCACUGGAUGGGACGAGGUGAUUGCCGUUGAUUUCACGAGGACGGCGGAAUCCGUGCAGAAGACUGGAGCGGAUUUGACGAAGUGGGCCAGACAGCAGGAGACUAAAGCCGAUCUGACUGUAUUGUUUACACCAAGACAACAACCGAUGCCUUUGACGGAAGCUCAUCAGGUGAUGGAGGACUGGAACGAAGAUUUGGAGGCGAUGGAAGCUUUCGUUUUAGAAGGAAAGAAAUUUGUUAGAUUGCCGGAGGAAGAGUUGGGACAUUUCUAUUCGAAGGAUUGUUACGUAUUCCUGUGUCGCUAUUGGAUACCUGCUGAUGAUAUCGAGGAAGGAGAACCCAUGGAGGAAGAUUUCCAAUGCGUGGUGUAUUUCUGGCAAGGUCGCGAAGCCGGAAACAUGGGCUGGCUGACGUUCACAUUUACACUCCAGAAGAAGUUUCAGACGUUGUUUAAAGAUAAAUUGGAGGUGGUUCGGACGCAUCAGCAGCAAGAAAACAUGAAGUUUAUGGCGCACUUCAAGAGGAAGUUCAUCAUCCAUCAAGGGAAGAGGAAGCAGAAGGAUGCUAACGCAGUGGAGUUCUAUCAUCUACGUUCGAACGGGAGCGCGCUUUACACACGUUUGAUUCAAAUCCGGCCCGACGCUUCAGCUUUGAACUCUGCAUUCUGUUAUAUAUUGAACGUUCCUUUCGAGCAAGGAGAUUCCGGUAUUAUUUACGUAUGGAUCGGAUCCAAGGCGGAUCCGGAUGAAGCGAGACUGGUACAAGAGAUAGCCGAAGACAUGUUCAACAGUCCUUGGGUCAGCAUGCAGGUGUUGGCUGAGGGUGAAGAACCGGAUAACUUCUUCUGGGUGGGAUUGAACGGAAAGAAACCUUACGAUCAGGACGCCAACUUCAUGGAAUACACGCGUCUCUUCCGAUGCUCCAACGAGAAGGGUUACUUUAUAGUCACCGAGAAGUGUUCAGAUUUCUGUCAGGACGAUUUGGCCGAUGAUGACAUCAUGAUUUUGGAUAACGGCGAGCAAGUGUUCCUCUGGUUGGGCGCCAAAUGCAGCGAGGUUGAAAUUAAGUUGGCGUACAAGUCUGCUCAGGUAUACAUCCAACACAUGCGGGCGAAACAACCGGAUAAACCGAGGAAGUUGUUCUUGACGCUGAAGAACAAGGAAUCUAAACGCUUUACCAAGUGCUUCCACGGCUGGGGUCUGCACAAGAUCCCACCCGAAUAAUUUUCCAUUUCUUUUUGAAAAUAAUAAGUAUUACUUAA